GGUUCUUGGUAAUACUGGUGGUUAAAGCAAAUGUUACUCUCUCUCUGUCUUUUAUACUAUUCCUGAUUCCAACCUCUUUGUUACAUAAUUUGAACCUUCACUGACUUUACUCCUGACUCCAGACUCAAUACAGCUUUAUUCAUGAAGUGGCUUCAAACCACGCCCCAGACUGUCUUCACAGCAAGUUUUCACACAACCUAAUUUUUGGUCCACUGUAGUCAUCAGAAUAGACCCACCCUAGUGGUCUGUUCCCUGGUUUUCAUGAUAGCUUCUCUGCUUAUUUACCCACAGAGCAGAAAGUCUAGCCCCCAGCCUCCUGCGGAUACUGAGGAAGAAGAGAAGGAGCAGGGUGUGGUCACGGUUAACCAGUCCCACAUGAAGAAGGCUUUUCGUGUAAUGAAUGAGUUGAGAAGUAAGAAGAUGCUGUGUGAUGUUACAAUAGUAGCUGAGGAUGUAGAAAUAUCUGCCCACCGCAUUGUGUUGGCUGCCUGUAGUCCGUAUUUCUGUGCUAUGUUCACAGGAGACAUGACUGAAAGGAAAGCAAAGACAAUAGAGAUUAAAGAUAUGGAUGGUCACACACUGAAUAAACUGAUAGACUACAUUUAUACUGCUGAAAUAGAAGUUACAGAAGACAAUGUUCAGGUCCUGCUCCCUGCUGCAAGCUUGCUGCAGCUAAUGGAUGUUCGACAGGUGUGUUGUGACUUCCUUCAGUCGCAGCUUCAUCCCACAAAUUGUCUGGGAAUUCGAGCUUUUGCAGAUGUGCAUGCUUGCACUGAACUGCUUAACCAGGCCAAUGCUUAUGCAGAACAGCACUUUCCAGAGGUGAUGCUAGGUGAUGAAUUUUUAAGUUUGUCCCUGGAGCAGGUUUGCAGUCUUAUUUCAAGUGACAAGCUAACGGUGUCUUCUGAGGAAAAGGUUUUUGAAGCUGUCAUUUCAUGGAUCAAGUAUGACCAGGAAGCCCGCUUGGAAUACAUGCCCAGAUUAAUGGAACAUGUCCGGCUGCCACUUCUACCCAGAGACUAUCUAGUACAGACUGUGGAAGAAGAGGCCUUAAUCAAGAACAAUAAUACAUGUAAAGACUUUCUCAUAGAAGCCAUGAAGUAUCAUCUACUUCCUGCUGACCAGAGACAUCUCAUGAAGAAUGCAAGGACUCGACCUCGCACUCCUGUCAGCCUCCCCAAGGUGAUGAUUGUAGUUGGAGGACAAGCCCCAAAAGCAAUCCGAAGUGUGGAGUGUUAUGACUUUCAAGAAGAUAAGUGGUACCAGGUAGCGGAGCUGCCGUCGAGAAGGUGCAGGGCAGGAGUUGUUUACAUGGCAGGCCAUGUUUAUGCAGUUGGUGGGUUCAAUGGCUCACUACGUGUCAGAACAGUAGAUGUUUAUGAUGGUGUAAAGGAUCAAUGGAUAUCUAUUGCCAGUAUGCAAGAACGACGAAGCACAUUGGGAGCAGCUGUCUUGGGAGAUCUCUUGUAUGCAGUUGGAGGCUUUGACGGAAGUACAGGCCUGUCAUCAGUGGAAGCCUACAGUUAUAAAUCCAAUGAGUGGUUCUUUGUGGCUCCCAUGAACACAAGACGCAGCAGUGUGGGAGUUGGAGUAGUAGAUGGAAAACUAUAUGCAGUGGGAGGCUAUGAUGGUGCAUCACGACAGUGUCUAAGUACUGUGGAAGAAUAUAAUCCUGUCACCAAUGAGUGGUGCUAUGUGUCAGACAUGAGCACGCGUCGUAGUGGAGCAGGUGUGGGAGUUCUAAUUGGGCAGCUUUAUGCUGCUGGGGGUCAUGAUGGACCACUGGUGAGGAAGAGCGUGGAGGUGUAUGAUCCUUCUACCAACACUUGGAAACAAGUGUCAGACAUGAAUAUGUGCCGUAGAAAUGCAGGCGUGUGUGCAGUGAAUGGCCUGCUUUAUGUAAUUGGUGGAGAUGAUGGCUCUUGUAAUUUGUCUUCUGUGGAAUUCUAUAAUCCAACUACUGAUAAAUGGACCCUUCUUCCCACAAGCAUGAGCAAUGGCAGGAGCUAUGCAGGAGUGGCCGUCAUCGACAAGCCAUUAUGACUAGAAACACCGGUCAGCAGGAAUGCUCGACCGGUAGAAAGAACAAGGUGGCUUCCUUGGUGAUGAAACAAUCCAUUUCCUAAUCAGCACUUGGAUGGAAUACUGUUUUCUUAUUUUGGUUCAGGUGACUGCAUAGAAAGAACUCAAAAUUUUGGGAAAUGGCAACAUGCAAAAUAAGCAGAGGUAAUGACAACAGUUGUUUAAUCUUCCUCAUGCUUUAAUGAGGCUGCUACUGAUCCAGGUUAAGCUGGAAUCCUAUGGACAUAAAUCUAAAGCUAGCAUACUGUAGAACUGUGCGGAAUGAGGACAUGGCCUAUAAAACUUUAUAUUGUGGACAGACACAGUUCAUCAAAAUUUGAAAAGAAGCAAGUGGACUGUUAUGCUUAAAUCUACAAUGUAGGAUUUAUAGAUUGUACUACUGAUCUGGGAUGCACUGAAUCACAAUUUUAUGUAUGUUAUUUGUUUUAUGGAAUCUUAUUAAGAAAUGAAAUUUUAAUUAUUACGGUUUUA